CACCCUCCGCCAUUUCCACGCUCGAUCUUCCAAAUUGUCGCACGCUUCCAAUGGCUGCCGAAUCGUCUGACAGCCAUCCAGCAGCGCCCCCGCCGACGAUUCUCACGCGGGACAAGCAGGGCCUCUCGCUAUUGUCACAUGUGACUGCAUCGGAGGUCCAGCCAGUCGCCGCCGUGCAGAACGUGCCCUGUUCGCAGGCCAAGUUCAGCCCAGAUGGAAGCCUCGUGGCUGUCGCAGCAGCGGGCGGCGGCGUUCGCCUCAUUCACACAGCGUCUGGCGAGCAGCGGAUGCACAUGCCUCUGGAGGGCGUGCAGGCGAUGGCCUUUUCGCCCAGGGGUUCCUACCUGCAGGUGUUCCAGCGCCCCACAGCACCAGCGGGCGGCGGGCAGGCGGAGAGCAACCUGACGGUGCGGCGGGUGAGCGAUGGGGAGGUGGUGUGGCGGCAGGUGCAGAAGACGUUCAACUCGAGCGCAUGGCCCAGCAUGCAGUUCAGCGCAGAUGAGUCCGUGGCUUGCCGCCCGGUGAAUGGCGAGGUGCAACUGUUCACCGGCGCUGACCUGGCAGCUGGCGUGGCGGCGCGGCUCAAGGUGCCUGGGAUGACGUCAGCACAGCUGGCACCGUCGCCCCCUUCUCACAUUGCGGUGUUCGCGCCUGAAGCCAAGGGAGCGCCGGCUAGUGUGCGCAUAUUCACGCGAGACAGCGCCACCCCUUCCUCCUCCUCCUCCGCCUCCCCAGCCGCCCCCGUGGCGCGGCGGAGCUUCUUCAAGUGCAGCGGCGUGCGGCUGGUGUGGAACGUGGGGACCACUGCUGUGCUGGCAUGGACGCACUCUGACGUGGACAAGACCAACCAGAGCUACUAUGGCGAGUCGGGGCUGCACUUCCUGGCGGCCGAUGGCAGCUUUGAGGGCGCCGUGCCGCUGUCCAAGGAGGGGCCCAUUCACGACGUGCAGUGGUCGCCCAAUGGGAAGGACUUCGUUGUGGUGCAUGGAUUCAUGCCCGCCAAGGCCACUCUCUUCGACAGCCGCUGCAAGCCUCUCUUUGACUUCGGCUCCGGCCCUCGCAACCUGAUUCGCUGGAACCCGCACGGCCGAUUCCUGUGCCUUGCUGGGUUUGGCAACCUGCCUGGUGACGUUGAGGUGUGGGAGCGCUCGCGCCUCAAGCAGGUGGGCAAGGCAAAGGCGCCAUGCGGCGUGUCGGCGGAGUGGAGCCCCGAUGGGCGGCACCUCCUGGUGGCCACCACGGCGCCGCGCCUGCAGGUGGACAACGGCUUCAAGGUCUUCAAAUACAACGGCUCCCUGCUCCUGCACCGACCAUACGGCCUGCUCUACCAGGCGGAGUGGACGCCAGCACCAGAGGGUGUGUACGCUGACCGCCCGCCCUCGCCACGCUCCAGCAAGAAAGACCAAGCCUCAUCGGAGGCGGUGGUGCAGGCAGCACCCAGCAAGGCGGCGCCGUACCGCCCUCCCAACGCGGCCCGCAUGACGUGCACGUUCCGGGCGCAGCUGUCGGGGGAGGAUGACAAGCCGCGCAAGAUAGGCGCCCCAAAAAAGUACAUCCCCCCCGGGGCGGAGGCAGCGGAGCCAUCCAAGAGCGCCAAGAAGAACGCUAAGAAGCGGGAGGCGGCUAAGGCCAAGAAGGACACUGCUGCUCCCCAUCAGGCUAGUGCGGUCAAGCCGGCACCUGAUGUGGCGGCGCUGAGCAUUGACGACCGCCCCAAGGCCCAGCAGCAGGAGCCGCAGGCACCACAAGGCCAGGGCAGCGGCACGGACGAGGCAGCGGAGAGGGCGAAGCGUGCACGCAACGUGGCGAAGCGGCUGCGUCAGAUAGAGGACCUCAAGGCCAAGGUGGCGGCGGCAGGGGCCAGCACGGCGGGGCUGGAGGCGGCGCAGAGGGAGAAGCUGGAGCAGGAGGCCGCAUUGAGAGCCGAGCUGGCGUCCCUGCAGGGAUAGGUGGAGAGCCUGCAUAGAUAAUGCUUAGCUAGAAAUCUUGGGGUAAGAAAAUACUACAAGAGAAUGUUAUUUUGCUGCAGAGUGUAUGUGAAUGGAACGAAUACUGUUGAAUAGUGAAUUUCGGCAAAUUCUCUGCAGAAGCCACCCCUGCAGUUGAAGAACCCUGGGCAUGGUGGUUGUUGGGCUGAGAAAAAGCCCUUAGGAUCUUUCAGAGACUAAGUCCCAGUUGUAUGAGAUACUUGAGUAGUGCAGCGGAA